GCCUCAUCUCGUAUCCAUCGAGACUUGUACAUCUGUAUAUCAAUUCCCAGUGUUCUCGCCAUCCUCGUGAGCUCAAGCAGAGCAAACAUCGGCACACUCGCACGUCAGCCCGCCACCAGCAAAGGGAAAGCCCCUGUCAGCCCGUCAGCUGAAGAAUACAGAUUUACAGACCAAUACGUAUCAAUACCAGCCGCCCGGUUUCUUUUCAGCUCCCUCCCAGUUAAUCAAUCCCAGUUAAUUAAUUCCCUCCACACUCUUCAGCUCCAGCUCCAGCUCCCACUCCCAGCCUUUUCUUUUUUUUUUCCCCCUUGCACCCUCCCCCUUCUUCCGUUGCUCUGUUCCUUCCCUCCCACCAGCACUCCAGACAUCCUCUGCUCGUAUUCCCUCCACCCUCUCAGCCUUACAAGGUACGGAGUAGGUGAAUACGAAAAUGGCCCCCGCAUUCCACGACCCAGGCAACAACCCCUUCCUCGUCCCCCGCCGCAACUUCAACCCAGGCGCCACCUCUGCCGCCUUUCGCGAAGAAUGGACGAAUCCGUCCAACUACGCCUUCACAAUCCUCCUUCUCAUCGGCGGCGACCUGGUUAAUCGUGCCCUGGCGCAGCUUGCUGGCGGCUGGUUGACGCCCGUUGCGUUUUCGUUUGGAUGGGUCUCCUACGCAGCCUCCUCCGUCUGCAGCGCCCUCGGCGAAUACCGCCUGAUGCCCGACGCCGACACCGCAUGCUGCCUGAUCAACGGGAAAAACGGCUACGUCCGGGGUAACAACUCGUGGGUGCUCGGGCGCAUGAUGCGCGACUACGAGUCCUGGAUGGGCUCGGCCGUGCGCGAAAAGACCGAAUCGCUCAUCAACGCGCGCUGGAACUUCGACCAGCAGCGCGAGGCCGAGAAAUACCCCGACUCCGGCAUCGUCGUGCCCCGCCCCGCGCAGGCGGGCCUCGUCGUGAGUAUCUGGGAGCCGAGUAAGAAGAAGCCGCCGGGUAUACCGGGGAAGGAUAUGCUCUUCUGGUCCGGGUUGGCGGUGACCGUCGUGCAGUUGGGGAUUGCGGCGAUUCCGGUGGGGCUCGAGGGCGAUUGGGGCGUGUUGAUGAUCACCGCGGCCGGGACGGCGCUGUGUUAUGGGACGGGAGCGUUGACGCAGUGGAAGGUGGAGAAGUGGGCGUGUCGGAAGCUGGAUACGCGGACCAAGAAGAAUUUUGUGAUUACGCGGGGCAAUGGCGCGCAGCAUGCGUUUGCAAUUAUUUCCGACGGGCAUGGGCUGGAUCUGGAGGAUCUUGCGACGGGGUUUUCGAAUGUGGAUUCCCCGGUCAUCACCCUUGGCGCGCAGCUGAGUUGCAUCGUGCUGGGCAUCGCGUGGGUCGCGCUGCUGAUCACUGCGUCUGGACUCCCCGGCGACUCGUGGUAUCUCAUCGCGGUUGGAGGCAUUGGAAUGCUGCAGAAUAUCUUCGUGGCAGGGUUGAAGCGGACUCCGGAAGCGUAUGGGGUUCCGUUGGACUUUGUCGAGGUGAUUGGGGAGGUCAAGGUCAUGGCCACGUUGAUGGAGGUGGAGAAAAAGUAUGAGAAGCUCGGGAAGAGUAUGCUGGGGACCUUCUUCCCGGGCGAUUUGAGGGAGAAUGAGGUGAGGGAGUGGGAGGUUAUCGCGGCCGAGUGGAAGGAGAAGAAGGCUGCCAGAGGGGAGAAGAAGUAGCACGAUGUUAUGAAAUGCAUAAUCACAAUGAGCUAUAGCAGCAAUUGUAGAUCUUAGAUACGAGCCAACAAAGAGAUAGAUGGCCAGCUCUUUAUCUAUGCUGUGGAAGACUGCAAGGGUUCUCGUCAACUCCUUUCCCUCUGUACACAUUCAGGAUUGAGAACAGCAGACAACCGAACCAAGUCUAUAUAUAACCAGGUCUAAUCUACAAUCUCGACCCUUUCAGGUUCUGAUGAAACUUCGGAACCCUCAAACUCCUGGCCCUCCCUCAU